CUUUUUUCAAAUAUAGCGGUAAAAUUUAUGUAAAUUCUGAUUUCCGUAAAGGAGGGUUAGUUCUUUUCCGGCCGUGUAGCACAUCAAGCAAAAUGGGUAAACCACGUGGGCUUCGUACUGCACGUAAGCAUGUAAAUCAUAGACGUGAUCAACGAUGGAACGAUAAAGACUAUAAAAAGGCUCACUUGGGAACAAGAUGGAAGGCCAAUCCAUUUGGUGGUGCUUCCCAUGCCAAGGGUAUUGUUUUAGAAAAAGUAGGAGUUGAAGCCAAGCAGCCAAACUCUGCUAUUCGCAAGUGUGUAAGAGUUCAGCUUAUCAAAAAUGGAAAAAAGAUCACAGCUUUUGUGCCCCGAGAUGGUUGUUUAAACAACAUAGAAGAAAACGAUGAAGUUCUAGUAGCAGGAUUUGGUCGUAAGGGUCAUGCUGUGGGUGAUAUUCCAGGAGUACGAUUCAAAGUAGUAAAAGUUGCUAAUGUUUCACUACUUGCAUUGUACAAAGAAAAGAAAGAACGACCCAGAUCGUAAAUGCAUUGUCAUGUAUUUCUAACACAAUUAUAUCAGUUUUUAAGUAAA